UUAAUAUAAUACUUUUCAAUUAAAUUUUUAUCCCUAACCAAUAAAAAUUUUCAAUUUAUAAUUGUUUAUCACAUGAUUUAAAAUAUGCUUUCCUGAAAAUUUUAAACAAAGAAAUUAAAUUAUUUCAUGUGAACUAAAAAAUUGUUGUGUUUUAAAAUUUAUAUUAAAUAAUUAGUAAUAUGGUAAAUAACAAUUAAUCAUGUAAGACGAUAAUUAUGUGUGUAAAUAGAAAAAUAAUAAUCGGCAUAAAAAUAAAAAUAAUCAUCGCACAGUUUCAAGUUUAUCUAAAAACUAAAUUUUGCCAACUGUUUCAAGUUUAAAUUAUUUUUGCCAAAUAAUCAUCGCACUUUCUUAAUUAUUUGAUUUUGGAUACUUAUCUGAUACUUUUAAAUUUAUGUUAAAAUUUAAACUAAUAUCUAUAUAUCUAAUUAAAAAGAACAAUAACUUUUACCUUUUUGUUCGGAAGAGAUGUUUAUGUAAACAUUAACACAAUAGUAACGAAAAGACAGAAAGAAGGAAAAAAGGCAUAGCAGACUUGUUGCACACCAUGGUGACUUCAAACGAGGAGACCACAAGCGUUGUAAUAGCACAAGAAGACAGAGAAGCUGCGGAAACAUUAAUAAAACUAAGCCAAGAUACUCGAUAUCAGCCAGUAGAAGAAGAAGAUGCAGCUCCAUCAUCGACUCUAUCAUUACAACAAGUAAGUAAAGCUCCUCAAAAAUCGUGUUCGUGUGAAAAGUGUAAAGCUAAAGAGAAACAGCAUUCGAAGAAGGAUGAUAAAAUAUCUAUGGAGAGUACAAAAGGGAAGACAGAGGUAGACGAUACCGACGAAACCCUAAUGAUUCUUCAGGAAUGGAGCCACACUAAUCCCGACCCGGUGAAGAAACUAUUCAACGGUGCUGCUGACGUGGCGGAGCUAUUCAGCGAACCGAUAAAGAAGCAGCUGACGAUGAGCGACGUGGAGAAUGGUCAAUGCAGGCUCAUGUUAGGGAAGCAGCAAGUGCAGAAGAAGAUGCUUCCUCUUUUAGAACAUUCCGAGAUUCCGCAAGGGAAGACAGAGGGGCUUGAUGUUUCGGUGUACGGACCAAACGGGGAGGUUCAAACGAUGAAGUUCAAGAUGUGGGGCGAGGACACGCCUGUGUUGACCUCGGGGUGGAAAGACUUCGUGGACGAAUAUAAACUCGAGAAGCAUCGUGAUUUUCUCACUAUUUGGAUGUUUAGGCAUAGAGUCACUCGUGGGAUUUGCUUUGCUAUUGACAGUACUAGGUUUUCUGUAACGGGGCCUCUGAGUUCGAGGAUCUCGAAGUCUGUCUUUCCGAAUCCAAAUUAAUUAGGGUUUUUAGUCGUUCGUGUUUUUUGUUUUU